AGCGCACACCGCGACCCCUCUCUGCUGCAACUGGAAGCCGAACUCUCUGCAAAACCCUAAAGGUAAUAAAGAGGGAAGAAAAAAAAAAAAUGGUGCAGCGUCUCACGUAUCGGAAGCGGCACAGCUACGCCACCAAGUCGAACCAGCACAGGGUCGUCAAAACCCCAGGUGGGAAGCUAGUGUAUCAGACCACCAAGAAGAGAGCCAGUGGCCCCAAAUGUCCCGUUACUGGCAAGAGGAUUCAAGGGAUUCCUCAUUUGAGACCAGCUGAAUAUAAGAGGUCGAGAUUAUCGAGAAAUCGUCGUACUGUGAACCGUGCCUACGGUGGUGUAUUGUCAGGAGGAGCUGUUCGUGAGAGGAUUAUCCGGGCCUUUUUGGUGGAAGAGCAAAAGAUUGUGAAGAAGGUGUUGAAGAUUCAGAAGGCUAAGGAAAAGCUAGCCUCCAAGAGCUGAGAUUUGUAAAACCACAGUGAGUUUGGCGCUUUUGAGAGUAAUUUUGGCUUUGAAUUCUUGGUAGUAAUAUGAGUUGCUGGGUUCAAAUUUGCUUCUUGGGCUUCUUGGAACAUCAUAUGUAGCGCUCCUUUCAUCACUUUGUCGACAAGUCAACUACUUGAAUUUUGUCUUUUCCAUUUGAAUGCUUGCUGAUGGCACUGAAAACAUCAUUUAUGAUAUUCAUGAUGUAAUAUUAGAUCACGGUUUGACA